AUGCUGUCAGAGCCCUCUGCCACCCAUCUCAUCACAAACAACACCAACGAACAUCCUUCCCUGAAUCCAAAUAUCAAAUCUCAUCAUAUCAAAAACACUCUCAGUAUCGAUCCUAAUAACAUUCAAUCACCCCAAUUAGACCUUUCCUAUCUAUUAGAAGACAAUGAUGAUGAUGGAGAUGAUGGUCUUGAAGGCAUGCAUCAACACGGAACCACUGACUUGACAGAAUUACAACAACAACAACAAACAUCAUCCAAUUUUGCCACUUCUCUUCCUUCCCAUUUAAAUUCUUCUCUGAAUUCAAGUUCAUCAUCAUCAACCCCAACCUCUCCCUAUGUCUCCAUUGGAACCACACAUGUCGUCAAUAAUAAUCAUCAUCAUCAACGAAGAGCACCACAAACGUCAACAACAAUAUUGAGCACCACUGAUGUCACUCCAACAUUAUUGAGUCCAAAUCUCGGAAUGAACCAUUCCAGCAGUUCAUCUUUAUCGGCUGAUUCUAGUUCGGGAAAGCUUUCUUUGAAUUCAGGUCAGCUUCAUGCUCCACAUUUGGCAGCUUCUUCUUCACUCGGAGGAAUGACUACUACUAGUAGUUAUUCUUCUUCUUCUGCAACAAUUAUGGAAAAUAAUUCCAACGUCACGACACAACAAAAAAAUCAAAAUCGACAAUCAGGAAAUUUUGAUCCUCUCAAUUAUAUGGUCAUUUAUGAAGAAGCAAUUAAGGAUAAAGAAUUGAGAAGAGUGUUUUGUGAAUUUUUGAAAAAGUGUCAUGUGGAAGAACCAAUUUUAUUUAUGAACAUGUUUGAUCAAUACAAGGCAGAUUUUGAAAAGAGUUUGAAAGAGUUGGGAGGAUGGAUAGGAGUGGUUCCACAAACACCAGUGACAUCGAGAUCUUCACUCGCUUCUCAAAAUGCGCUUCUUGUUUCGACUGCUUUGGAAGUCUUUUCCAGAAAUAGUAUUAGUGAAAGAAGUGACAACUUGGGUGAUGUGGCCUUGUCUCCAACUUCGAUGAAUAAUGCGUUUGAUAUGAUGGCAACUGCUUUGCAACUGUCAAAUGCCACCUUACAAUCAUCACCAUUGUACGGAUUGACUGUGAAAAACAUGAAUAACAUCAAACAAAUGAAGAAACAUAUCAAACACUUGUUUGAACAUUGCAAGAAUUUGGUGCAGAAUUUCCUUACCGUUGGAUGUGACAAGGAAUUGAAUUUAGGAGCUACUCAAAAGCAAAUUUUAGAUCGAUGGGAACUUUUAUGUGAAAAUUAUGAUCUCCUUUCGAACGUUGAUGGAUUUAGUGACGUGUCGAGUAAUUCAGAUGCUUCUGUUUCCAGUGCUGUUUCAAGUCCAUCGACAGCAUCUGCUGGUUCCUACUUGAGCUACUCAAAAGUUGGUUGCUUACCAGCAUUUCUGAACACAAUUUUGUUACAACUUGAGCCAGAAUAUAUUUUUGGACAAGUUCUCUUCUCAGUGAACCUAGAUUUAAAAUUAGAUCAAUUCCCUAGAUUUGUUCGUUCUGACAUGUUGUACAAGUUCUUAAAAGAAAAAGGUGUCAAAUACACACGAACUGUUGCUGUGGACAUUUCAAAGGGAUACAAAGUAGAUUUGAGAUUUAAGCCACAAGAUUUGAAAAAUAAGAUUAUUACAGAUGAUUACAUUUAUUUUGGAUUCACCCUCGCAGAAGAUACACCCGAUUGGCAAUGUAUCUUGAAUAAGGACAAGCCAUAUCUUACUCAAGCUUACAUUUCAAAAACAUCUUAUUCCUUUGAUGAAAGUUUAAAGGGCAUGAAAUUAGCGAAAAUAGUAGUUCACAUACCUCAUCCUCUCGAAGUGAUUUGGGGAUGUUAUUGCAAUGCUGAUUUUUCCAAGAAAUUUGACAAGAUGGCCAAUACCAAACAUGAAAUGUACAAAUUUGUUCCAGGAUGUCGACAACCAACAGGAGUUGGCUCGAGUCAAUGUCCCUAUAAUCCAGACAAACCACCUUUUUCUCUGCAAUUUGCUUCGAAUAGCUUGAAUUUAUUACCACUUCUUAAAAAGAGACAAGUUCCAUAUGUUUAUACUGCGAUCAAAGAUCCUAUUGGAAUGUACAUGUUUUUGGCUCACUCUGCUGAAUUUGAGGAACAAGAAAUUCCACAUCACAAAGGAGAAGUUCAAGGAAAGGGCCUCUUUUAUUACAUGUUUUAUAAGGUCAAUGAAAAUUUAACACGAAUUGUGCAUGUCGUGUACAGUGACAUGAUGCUUCCAUUUAACCCAGAGCUAAUGUUAAAAAUGAUUUUUAAGAAGCGUGCGAAAGAACAUUAUACUGGUUUUGAGAGAAUUCUGAACGAAUUAUCCGAGAAUGGUACGAAACCUGUUGACACUUCAAAGUUUGUGGAUGGACAGAACACGAAAAAGUGUUGCGAAGACAAUUGUAAACUAUAUCCAGGAAGAUCGUGGUUUUAUGAGUGGAGUUCUUUACGACCAAACUACGAGUAUAAUUAA